AUGGCAGGACGAAUGUUUGGCGUUGUUCUUUGUCUGUUAGUGGUGAUGCCCUACGUCACAUGUACUUUCCAGAAUGAUGAUGGUACAGACAAGGAUAUGACUAGCACCCAAGAACGAUGGCCGGGAGUUUAUAAAUCACAUUUUAAACUCAUGGAGAAUGAACUUCCUAGCAGUUUCAAGAGUAUGAGAAACAGGAUUAAAGAGAGACUUGGAAUAGAAACCGGUGAUGCUAGAGAGAAAGAUAUGUCUGACGAAAGUGGACGAAACACAAAUUUAGCUCAGGGGAUUUUGCAGCUUGUAAGUAAACUGUCGUCAAUCCAUGCUGCUUUCGAGGAACGGUGUCUCUCUAGCUUAGAAAACGAAGAGUCUGUGCAUCGCCAGCAGUUGGACAGUUUUUCAGACUCUAUAAAUACACUUUCUAGAAAGAUGACGAGUCUUAUUCAAAGAUUAUCUGCUAUAUCCGAUACAAUCCGUGGUACACACAGCACUACACCCUACACUACACCCUUACCCAGGAGUACGGCCAUACCAAGCACUACACCCUUACUUAGGAGUACGGUCAUACCAAGCACUACGUCCUCAAGCAUCAAAGUUGCAGACGGAACGAUUCGAUUGGUGAAUGGUGCUACAGAGAAUGAAGGAAGGUUGGAAAUAUACCACUCUGGUGAGUGGGGCACUGUUUGUGACGAUGAGUGGCAGCGGUACCGGAAACGAAACGCAGCGGUGGUCUGUAAACAACUAGGAUACAGUGGAAGUGGACAAUGGAAUGGAAGCGCUCCUUACGGGGGAGGGGACGGUCCAAUAUGGAUGGACGAUGUCGUGUGUGACCAGAAAUCUACAAGUUUGCAGGACUGCAAGUUCAGUGGUUGGGGUAGACACAACUGUGGACAUGACGAGGAUGUGGGGGUGGUAUGUUAUCCCCUAGGGUCGACAUCGGAUCCUUCGCCAUUUCCUCCAGAAAAUGUCUCCAAAGUUUCUGACAGAACCUUAUCUACCACACCUCCAACCAGCACUACUACCACGCCCAUUGAAGGAGAUAUCCGUCUGGUAGGAGGACAGUCCGAUUCGGAGGGUCGUUUAGAGAUAUACUACAAUGAUCAGUGGAGCGCUGUUUGUAACGACGAUUGGUUCGUAGACACCAACUCAGUGGUCGUAUGUCACCAACUAGGCUACAGGGGCGGACAACACCAUUUAACACGCUUUGGUGAGAGCGAUGUCUCCUAUUGGAUAGACGACGUUAUAUGUAUAGGGACAGAGGAGCGCCUUGCCGACUGUAGAUUCAGUGCGAGGGACUAUGAAUCCUGUUAUGACAAGGACAACAGCCAGGUGCGUGUACUGUGUGACACAGAUGCGGAGCAAGCCGGAAGUGAAGAGGAGGACAAUGGCCUGGAACUUGGUAUGGCACAAGUUAUAGCUACUAUUGGAUAAACGACGUUGGAUGCGAUGGAACAGAAGAGCGCCUUUCAGACUGUAGAUACAGUGAAAGUUACCACCAGCCUUGUUCUUCUCAGGGUAGCUGGCAGAUAUCUUUAAAGUGUAACCAGAAAAUGACAACUGUCGACAACGGAACAACCAAUCAAAACGUCCACUUUGCCGAUAAUCCAAGGGAAUAUCCGCCUGGUUAACGGCGCCAUUCCCAGCGAGGGAAGAGUUGAAGCCUUCCACAACAACCAAUGGGGACACGUGUGUGACGAUCACUGGGACGUCAGGGACGCAGUGGUUGUCUGCAGGGAAAUAGGCUUCAGCGGAGGUGAACCCCUACUCGGCUCCUACUUCGAUAAAGGAUAUAGUCCUGUGGUAUUGACUAACGUCUCCUGUUCUGGCCAGGAAGAGAAACUCGAGCAAUGCCACUUCGUCGUCAUGGACAGUACAAGCUGUGGACAAAGCGAGAGUGCCAGUGUUAUAUGUGAACCCUUUGGAUCAGAUAUAUCGACUCCAGUUGCAGGUGUCUUCGAGAAAGAGUUGAUUUGUGACCUUGCUGACGUGAAGAGAUGUUGGGCGCUAAUUGCCCACCUAAAACAUGUGUUGACCGAAAGUACUAAAGCCAGUGCUGAUAUGUGCGGAAAGACCUACCCUACCUUCGUCAGGUGUCUCCACGAACUCCCCCGAGGAUGUAAAAGUGACGACAUCUAUGGUUCUUUGAGAGCGAUGCACCAACAGUUUCGUCAGAAGUGUCUAGAGAUUUAAAUCACUAAUCCUGAUACACUAAGGAUCUAUUGUAGUGAUUUCAGUGUUAGCUGAUUAAUGAAUAAAUAAGUUCUCCUCGUUUA